AACGUGCUUGCUUUUCUGUAGGCCUAUUUGCUAUUUCCGUUUAUUCUGCCUUCUGUCGGUUCUGUCGGUUCUGUCUUGGCUUUCUGGACCCGGACCUGUAUAAAUUGAAAAUUGUAUAAUUUUGAAAUCUUAUAAUGGCAGACAUAGUUAUGGAUGAUUUUCUUGUACGAUAUAAAAACAUUUCAAACAAGCUGAAAAAGCGAUUUCUGCGAAAACCAAAUGUUUCUGAACCCAGUGAUCAAUUUGGUGCUCUGGGAAUGGAGUGUGAGCGCGGGGGAGUGGUGCAGUACGCGGGUCUGUGUCAGUUGGCGGUGGCGCGGUGCGAGAAGGAACUCGGCAACAGUAGCAAUGCAGCCUGGGCUCUGCGCACCGCGGGAAGGCACUUUCUCAUCGCCGACUCUCCUCCCUUCAUCGAACCUGUCUCUGAUCGUUUCGAGGGCGCCCUGGGCAGUUUCAGUGAAGCUAGUCGCCUGUGGCAGUCUGAUGUGGAGGUGCCGCUCAGUGCCGGUCUGAGCCUGGAGACAGGGGCGGCGCUCGAUCACGAUCCGCACCAGGCGGUCACUCACUACGCCAAGGCGGCCAGCCUGCUCUCUUCUUGUCCGCCACAACAGCUUCCCGCCCUCUGCCAGCUGCUUUCUUGUCGAAUAAAAGCAGGUGAUUAUGAAGGAGCAUUGAAUACAGCCAAUGAUUUGGCAGCUGCAGUUGAUAGUUCAACCUCGGUUCCUUUUGGCUUGUACUCGGACAUUCUCCUAAGGUGUGAAAUAACCAGAGUAUUGCUGGUUCUUCUGUUGCGACCACCUCCUUCAUGUUUAUCACCAGUGUUAUCGACUUUACUUGAGAAAUAUACAUGGCAGAAUCAACCCCCUGUAAAAUGGUUGGAUGAGCAGCUAUUUCUGCUGCUGCAGUCUCUGGUACUCGCCUGUCAAGCACAGGAUCACGAAGCACUUUGUGAAACUGAGGGCCAGCUGUGGAACCUGCUAGACAACGAACAGCAACAUCUGCUCAGCUGUUUGAUCAGGACAAUCACAACCAGCGGCUGAAGCGACUCAAACAAUCUGCACAAUGAUGGUACGAGUGACUCAAGGGUUGAAUAGUAUUCUCACGGAACUGUAUUGCUCCGUCUCCACGUGGACCGCCGUCUCGUUGGUGGAAGGGGUACAUAAUUUGCGUGGAAAAGAUCAGUUCCAAUCAAGCCACGACCAGAAUCACAUUAAAAACCCAGAGGUAGCCUCGGGCAUCGAGGGCUCAAAAUUAACGAGUUACAUGUGGUGAAAUAUAAUUGUAUAAAUUUUCAAAAUGUUUAAUUCGUCCGAUUUAGUGAAGUUAUUUAAACUAUUUUGAAUUGAGUAUGUUUUAGAUAGUUUAUUAUGAAUAACAUUGAAAUAAACAAAAUCAACGUAGUGUAGUGCAAAGUUUCAGUCGUGAUGAGAUUAAUAGUUUUAAAGAUAGUGAGUGCAAUUAUAUUUUCUAGCUCAUGCUAAAACCCCUUGAAUGACCGAGUCCCUAGAUUUAUACAUUAUUUGGAAUAGAAUAAAUGAGUAAAGCUCACGAUACCUUUGUUAACAAUUAGAAUCCCCGAUCAGUUAGCAAAAUCUAUAGGGCAGUUUUCUUGAGUUAUUGAAUGUACAAAGAAUUGUUACAGAUUAUUUAUUGUCAAAAUUUCUAGUAGUUAGUUCAGAUAAUAAAAUUUACAAUUCUAAAAAAUGCAAAAGUUUGUUAUAAAUGAAGUCGCAUGACUCGCCUUUAUUAUUUUAGAGAUUUUUCUACCCCCCAUUUGGGACGGUUAUAAAAAUUUAUCAAAAACAUUUUUUCUGAUUACCCUAUUAAUUUUUGAGAUGCAAGCGCUCAAAUUAUAAAUUUUUGGGACAGAAAAUUUUUAAUUCGGUAAGAGAUAAAUUUAUGACAUUUUUAGGAUGAUUUAUUCAUGGUAUUAUUGAUUGAAUUUUAAAAGAUGACUGAAAAUAACUCAAUCUUGAGUUAUUUUUGGUAAUUUUCUGAAAACUGAUAUUAUCCUAAAUAUCCAUGAAAUUAUCUAUUAUUAAUUAUUCAAGCACAGAUUAAUUGAAUUUUAUUUGUUUUAUCAAUUUCUCUCCAAGAUUGAUCAUUCUAUCACUGUAUAACUAAUCUCGUGUGUCAAUCUAUACAAUCUGCAUGUGUAUUGGAUCUACAUUACUAUUUGUCUAUCAAAACGCUUUAAAUAAUAUUAUAAUGUUAUCAAAUUUGGAAAAUAAAUUUAAAUUUUAUCCAAAUGAAGUAUUUCUUAUCAUGGUAUCAUUUGUUUUAGAUAAUCAUGAAUGCAUUUUUAUUAAUUAUAAUUUGUUUUACAGUAUUGAAUUAGAAUAGAGAGAAUUAUACAAUAUAAUUAAUCAUAAUAGAAAGUCCCACACAAAAGUAACUCACUACUUUCUUACCGUUGUAAGCCCCUUUCUUGGCUUAUAUUUAUUAUCCAGAAACUUGAAAGCGUCAUAGGCAAACCAAUUUCACAUAGGCUCACAUAAAUUUCAUCUCUUCCUGAAAAAAAGAAAUCUAGAAUGUAUGAAAAUAUGUAAAAUACCUACAAUUUAUGAGUGAUGGUACUGUAUACAUACAGUAAGUUGUAAAUACUUUCAAUAAUUUCACAAGUCCACAAAUUUAAAUUUACUAGAAAAACUAGAAUUACUUUGAGAACUUUAUCAUAGAAAAUUUCACAGUUCUGUCGAACCCAGACACAUUAUUUAUAUUCGGGGCUCUACCCUGAAUAACAAAAAUAAAACUAAUAAUAUAAUUUCUUAAAAAACCUUUUACUUUUUUCAAAAUUCAAAUAACAAAAAAACAUACCUAUUUAAGAAAAUUUAUUGAUUUUUAAAUUUUUCAAUAAUUCAAGUUCUAAUAUUAAUAUUUAUAGCUUUUGUGAAAGCUGAAUAAUAAUUAAAUAAAACAUAGUAGAUUCGUUGUGCAAAGCUGUGAAAGCUGAAUAAUAAUAUUAAUAGACUAAAAAUAAUAAUUUACUAAAACAGUAGAUUCGUCGUGCAAAAAAGGGACGAUGCGUUCGGGGGGAUUUGAACACGGGACGCAUGAAUGGAAUGUCAGAGCUCUAACCACUAGACCAUCAGUUACGAUGAAUUGAAGAAAGAAAUAUCGGUUACUCCAAGAAAUGCAUUGUUGACUUGUUGUCUACGCAAUUCUGUCUGGAGCAGUGUAAAAAUGUACGAACGGAAUUUACAAAAUAAACAUAUAGUAAUGUUUUAUUGAACAUAGAAUACUGUAUAUAAUUAUAUGAUUAGAGUUAAAUUUAGAAUUCAAAGCACAUUGAUUUAAUAUUUGAGAAAGCUAUAAUAUAAAUUUGGAAGUUUUAAAUCAUUACACAGGUUUCUUUGUAUUGAGGCUCAGAUCUUCAAUACAAUUCAACUGUCUUUGUCUCCUAUUAUAAAUAAUAAACUAGCUGUACUGAAAAUGUUUAUCAUACAAUAAAAAUUGAAUAAGAUUCUUCAUCAAUUUGUUUAAAUAAUUCAACUUACCUUUGCCGGUACUUCUGCUAUUUGUAAUUUUCAGUUUCUCUCGCCGGUAUGAAGAUUGAAGAUUUUGAAUUUUUUUUAAUGUCUUCUUUUGAAAUAUUAAACUCCUCUGAUAUUGCUCUCCAAGCAUCUUCCCUGUGUUGCUUUCUAAAAUGAAGCUUGUGGGAUGGAUCCCACAAAAUUGGUUUCUCACCAUACGAUUCUAUUAUUCUUAAAAGAACUUCUUCACUCCACUCCAUUUCGAACUGACCGCUUGAAAAAUGAACUAACCUCAAAAAUGUGAAAUGUUCAACCCAGCUGAUCGGGUGACAAAAUAUUAAAAUAAUCUUACCAGGUGAUUGCUGAGUAGCCUAAUAAUACAUUAGGUUAAUUAAUUAUAUGUUUAUAUAAUGAAUUGAUAAUAAAUAUUAUGAUUAUUGCAUUUAUUUUAAUAUUUUAUUAUAAAAUUUCAUUCUUGCCAGUGUUUCAAAAGGUGAAAGGCUUGGUUGGGAGUACGGCUUCUUUCUUCUAAAUGCUAAUAUGUCGGUACCUAUUAUAAUAAAUGCUUUUAUAACUUUAUAUUAUUUAAUUUAAUUAUUAAUUUUUAUAAUUUUAUUUGCUAACACAGAGAUCGUAGCUAUAUUAACAAACAUUACAAACAAAAACGUUGAACACGCAUGCUCAACUAUUGGUUCAUUCGACGUUCGACCUAGGAGCUUGCCAAGCGCGACCUCUGUUCUACACGCUCUUCUCGCGUUCCCCGGUCGAACCACUCUUGCACCCCGGUCGAUCAUCAAUCGCUCUGCUGGAGUGACGUUCGGUCUUGGAGCAGAACGAAAGUCUGUACGCACCUUAAGACUGACAAACAUAACCACAAAUACUCAAUUUACAGAAUCCUAAUCGAUUUUUCACUCUAUCGAUAGUUAGUGAUCGAUUUUGUGGAACAUCGUUGUUAUUUCACAUUUAACAGCUGACGAAACAGAUGAUUUAUUGUGUCACUCAUCCAUGAAUGACGUGGCUCUCUUAAACCAAGUCAACCUGGGGCCGCGUCAUUAAAAUUUGUAUGACACAUAAAAAUUUGAUAUUUUGAGGUUACAUCGCCACUAUGAUGAUAUCACUUAGUAAUAAUAUCAUUUCAAGUGUUAAAUUAUGUAAAUAAUUGAAAAAAAAGUUGUGGCCCCCAGUAAUAAAUCGUGUCCUGGGCUAUGGCAUCCAGUGAAACAAUAUUGUCAUUCAUUUAUGAAUGACUUGGCAGUCAAUGUGUUAUAUAAUUAAAAACUUUUACUUACUGACUGAAGUUUUUUCGAUCGUCUAGCAAUCAUUUUCAACACUGUUGAAAAUAUACUGCUCAGUUGUUGCUCCUUGAUACAAAUGAAAAUCAUACGCUAUUCCAUUGCUACCACAAACAACAUCUUUUAUCCCAUAUUUGCACGGUUUAUUCUUCAUGUAUUGACAAACGCUCAGCUGCCCUCCAAAUGGUAUCAUCUGCUCAUCUACACACAAUGCGGUUUGUAAUUAUUGCAGUUGCCUACUGCGGUUACAUACUGCAUCAUAUAGGGGACGUACUUUCCAGAAUCUGUCUUCUGGAUUCUCAUCUUCCAAGUUGUUCACAAAAUGAAUAUUCUUCCUCAGUUUGAAAUAACGGUUGAAUUAUUGUCUUGAAUCGACAUUUGAAGUCUAUCUUGAGGCCGCUCAGCUUCUGGGGCUCUGGCUCCCCAGGCUCCUCUUCAUUUUUAAUUAAUUAUUAUUUUAAACGUUCACUACGAAUCCAUACCGGUAUUAUGUUCAGAACGGACUUUAUAAGAUAUUUAGAACGGAAAUACGUAGUAUUUCAGAAUUGUUAAACUGUUAAUCAAUCGCCGUAUCUCAGCGCUGUUCAGUGUCUAAACUUCUCCAAUUCAAAUACACGAAACUUGAGUAUUCGCAAUAACUAGUAGGAAUUUAAAUCGCGAAAAUGAAAUCUUAUCUCUUUCAGGCACAGAAAAUCAGCUUGCUUUUUGUACCCUACAUGCACAGAAAAAUUUUUGCUCAGCUACUUGUGAAUAAACAUGUGAUUUCCAUCCAAUAUAGUCAGAGUAACAUGGGAAAAAUGUUAAAAAAUUUUUUACCUUCUAGUUAUUUAAAUAUGGGGAGGUUCAAAUUUCAGACCACAAUGCAGCAAGAGUGACAAUAUCAUUAUUGAAAAAUAACUUCAUGCAGAGUACUUAUACUUAGCUGUAGGGUUAUAGAAACACCUCAUUUACUCAUAGCUGAUAUUUAUUCCUUGAAUAC